GGUUGUCAUGGGGUGGGGCGCGCCGCUGACCACAUCUGGCCACUUCUGCUGCGCAAAGGCCUCAGUUUCCCCGGCUGCGCAGUGGAUGCGCGGGCCGGAUCUGGAUCCCGAUCCGGAUCCGGGGCGCAGAUGUUGGGGCCGCCUGUGUUCAGAUUGUGCCGUGUCAUCCGGAGCCGCGCCGUUCACUGUCUUUGCCUCAGUUUCCCCGCUCGGUGGGGACGGUGCGCACAAACCCGGGCCCCGCCCUACUCGGGGGUUUUGGGUUAAAUUAACCGUGGCGUCCUAGCCUAGCUUCGACUUUGAGCAACCGAGCCCGCCCCCCUGAGCCUCAGUUUCUCUCGGAGGUGAUGGUGUCUGCCUCGUAGUGCUGACAGAGGAUUAAAAGAAGCCUUUAUCAAAUGCAAAUCGAGUACAAGUGUUUUCUCCUAUUCUUGGAAGCACCGGCAGCGGAGGAGGAGGAGGAGGAGAUGGAUGCCCCGGACUCGGCCUCUCAGGUCUUCUGCAGCCAAAUCCUGAGCAUGGUGAAUGUGGACGAUGUGAACGCCAUCAUCCUGGCCCAGAAGAACAUGCUGGACCGCUUCGAAAAGACCAAUGAGAUGCUGCUGAACUUCAACAACCUGUCCAGUGCCCGCCUGCAGCAGAUGAGCGAGCGCUUCCUGCACCACACACGGACGCUGGUGGAGAUGAAGCGGGACCUGGACAGCAUCUUCCGUAGGAUCAGGACACUGAAAGGGAAGCUGGCCAGGCAGCACCCAGAGGCUUUCAGCCACAUCCCCGAGGUGUCGUUCCUGGAGGACGAAGAUGAAGACCCUAUCCCGCCCAGUGUCACCACCACCAUUGCCACCUCGGAGCAGAGCACGGGCUCCUGUGACACCAGCCCAGACACCGUCUCGCCCUCCCUCAGCCCCGGCUUCGAGGACCUGUCCCACAUCCAGCCCGGCUCCCCCAUCGUCAACUGCCACAGCCAGACAGACAACGAGGAGACGCCAGGAGAGUAGCAGGCUCUAGGCUCCCAGGCUCCCCCAGGGGUGCAGUCCUGAGGGUUGCUAGUUCCCGCUCUUCUCCCUCAGACCACUGCACUUCCGAAGGACCCUCUGCUACGCCAGGGCCACGCCAGGGAACACCCAGGCCCGGUGCUGUCACGGGGCUGGCGACAGAAACAGUCCCCAGAGCUGGGCCCCAGUGUGCUCUGAACGGUACUUAAAAUGUCCCCAGAGACCAGAGCCAGAUGCCCCCAUCUUGAUCAGGACACCCUGGAAGUGGACAUGCAGCAUCACACCUGAGUUUGCCCCGCCCAUCCCUGCACCCUAAUCCAGUUUCCCUGCUCCUGCUUCUGCCAGGAGUUCGGAAUCCUUUCUCCAGCGGCUGGGUUAAGAGGCCUGAGCUGGCACAAGGCUAGAGACAGAGCCUGCUGCUCGGCCCUUGGCCUCGCCAGGCCUGUCUCUGACAAGAAGUGUGGACCCUGUGACCCAGCAGGCAUCACCAGGGUCGCCUCAGCCACCAAGGAAAACAGUUUAACGGAAUAUUUUUGUACCCGAUGUUUACAGAUACUGUUGGGAAGUUACCAAUAAAAGACUCUGUUACUAAGGAGAACGUA